GCCAAUUCCGCAGCGAGGAGGAGCGACGCUGCACGUCGUGACGCCGGCCUCUGUCACCGCAACGCGUGCCGAAUAGUCGAAUUGCCAGUGUGACGUCAGGGGAGACGAUUUGAGACCGUGAGGUGCCAUGGUUAUUUGAAAGGGUUACCGUCCGAAUUUCAUUCAAACAUGAUAUUCACAGGUGGUUUGGCAGUGAUCAACUGUAUUUGUACUCAGAAUAAAUAUCGCUUGUGAGGUUCCAUAGCGUCCAGAAAAAAUAGAAAAAUUUAGAUAGCUCUAAAUACCAGUUGGAACACAAGUGAAGUCUUUGGGGUUACAUUUUGAUGCAAGCAUGGAUUUUAAAGAACGUCGUGAGGAUCUAGUCUCAAAAAUUAAUAAACCGCUAAACCGCUGUCUUGAUUC